AUGUCUAUGAAAAGAAUGUCAUAUUCAUCUCGUAAUGGAGAUAAUGAUCCACGACUGACAGAUGAAUCAAUUUACAGUUUAAAGGAAAUCUACAACACAAUAAAGUACGAUUGGCCCCAAAUGCUCCGAGACGAUGCUAAUCCAAUUGAAAUCGCGGUAGCUUUAUUAGAUGAUACAUCGGUUGGUUUGGCACAUAGAUUAGGUGAUUUUGAAAGAUUGAAAAACGAAACAGAAUCUGCUUUGAAAUAUGUUGCCAGUGAAAAGCACCAAUUGUUUCACUCCACGAUUAAUUCAUAUAACACUUUGUUGGCUACUAUGAAAGAGUCACAGAAGGAUUCUGCUGAAAUUAAAGAAUUUUUGGAAAGUUCCAACAAGGAAAUCCAUGAUAGAUCUGAAGUUUUGGGAGAAUUAUCCCAAGCAUCUGGGAAGUAUGCAGAAAUGAUUGAAGUAUUGGAUGCUAUGGCAGAAAUGGAUGGAAUUCCUGGAAGAAUUGAACAAUUGAUUGCUGAUAAGAAAAUUCAUGAAGUUUAUGAUGUUAUAUCUGAAGGAUACAAGACUGCUGAAAAGUAUAACUUGUGGUCGCUUCCAGCAAUGAGUGGAAUACAAAGUUAUUUGGAAGAUCAAUCAAACAAAUUAUUCGACAUGAUCAUUGAUGAACUACAGAAUGAGAUCUACUUAAAAUACAGUAGAAGACAACGUGAGGGAUCUAUAUCCUGGAAAAGUAUAAUAGGUUCAACCAAUCCACAAUUGGCUUCGUUUGUGGCUUUAUUGGAUCUGAAAAAUUUGGACCAAUUUAUUUUCAAUUCGGCUAACUUGGAUACAUCAGAAGUAGUGGAUUUUGUCAGUAACCCCGUUGAAAACUUUUUGACGAAUUUGUUACCUGACUUGCAUGCUCAUAAUCAGAAGAAUCAAGGAGCAAUAGAUUAUAAAAUUUUGUUGGAUUCUACACUGAAUCCAAAUACUGAGUCAUUUUACUAUAUUUACAUGUUAUUGCUUACUGCAUCAAAGUUGAAUAGAUUGAACCAAGCUAUAGAAGUUUUACUUGAUACGAACCAACUGGAGUUGCAUGGAUUGAUCAAUCGAACAACAGAAGAAGUGAGACUGACAAAUACGUUUGCAUUGUCUAAGUUAUCCAAAAUGCAACAUUUAGAGCAGGGUACUUUAUUUGAAGUUAUAUCCCGUGGUUCAUUUAAUGAUUCGGCGGUUGUCGUAUUACAAGAUUUGUUUGGUUCCAUAUUUAUCAAAUGUUUGGCUACAUUUCAAAGAUUCAAAGUUGUUACUUCGAUAGUGGAAUUACUUGAUGAUGGUAAUGUUGAGCCAUUAAUUGCAGAGAGUACUCCUGUUUUAGGAGCCAGUCCUAUGUUGGGAAAAUCACUGCCUGUUUCCUCAAGAAACUUACUUUCAAUUUGGAACUCAAUCAGAAAAGAAUUAAAAGCAUUGAUGUUGAGUUAUAUUUAUGAUGAUCGUUCACUUAAAUCACAUGCAAUGACGGAAGUAAGAACCAUGGAUCAAAACAAAAUUUCUAAGGCAUUAUCCAAGAAGGAAUUAUUCAAAUUUGAAGAUGUCGAAUACAAUUCUUCGAAUAAGACAUCGAAAGAAAUUUUAAGCAUCUUGAGUGAUGUACUUCCAGGAUAUGCUGAAUCUGGAGAUGGUAAAUCCGGUGAAGUCCUCGAAUCAACGACACCAUAUGUUAAGAAUGAAUCUUUUAAUGCAUCAGUUGAGGUAUUGGUACCAAGAAAUCUAUUCAAUAUGAGAAUUAUAUUAGAAUUUUUCUUGAUAUUUGCUGAUGGUUCCCAAAGAAUCUUUUCAUCCUUUAAACAACAAGGAUUAGUUACUCAUAAAUUAAACACAUCCUAUCAGUUUUUUGAGGAUUUUAUGAAAAAGUCAUUUUUGGCAUAUUUGCGUCAUUCCAUUGAAGUUACCUUUGGAGAUGAGGUAGGUGGAGCUUACGCAUUGAAAGUGGACCCAUCAAUGCCAUUUACAUCGGGAUUGAAGAUGGAUUUGGUUUCUUUGAAUCAAGACUCUAAGGUUAAAGUCAUGGGUACUUCUGUUAGCAGUGUUGAUUCCAAAUUGAUAAUCUAUGAGAAUGCUUACAACUUUAAGAAAUUAUUCCUUGAGUUGUGUUUGAUUUUAAACACUUCAUUGUCGUACCGUGAAGAAUUUUCAGGUGCUGUAUUGUUGACAUUGGAAAAUUUUGGUACCGAAUAUAAUAAAUUGUACCAAGAACUUUUAUCAACCGGUGAAGGAGCUGUUUCUAAUCGUCCACAGCUGCAAAUUAGCAAAUGGAUGAAAAUCCCGGUAUUAAAUGAAAUCAGUGGCAAGAUCUUAGUCGAAAGUGGUCAAGGUGCAACUGACUUGGGAGAAUUAAUUCUGUCGGAAUCUAAGGUGUUGUUACAUGAUAGCACUUAUACACAUCAAGAAGACUUGUUGGAUCAUGAAUCUUACUCCCAGAUAGUUUAUUUAUUGUUGACAACAAGUUGGAUUCUUUCCUGGUUACCGUUAGUUAAGAAGGAAACAAAUUAUAGUGUAUAUGAUGAAGAGCACAACAAGGAUAUUAAAGUGACUGAAGUUGACAAGAUGAAAUACAAUUGGUCAUUUUUGGAAGAUGGUAGACCUUCUAUUAAUUUUGCACCAGAUGGAUCAGAUAUCAUUCAAUAUAACAUCUACCUUGCAUUGAAUUCCGAAAAGAUUAUUAACUUCAACAGAGUUGUUAAUACAUUUGAAGCCAUUAGAGACAAGACGUUAUUGGCAUUGAGAUAUGAGUUGAGAUGUAAAGCAAUCCACUUUGUAACCAUGUCGUUUAGCCAUGUGAAUUGGUCUCCAGUAUCAGAACCAGGAGAUGCUGACCAUUAUAUUGCCAAUUUGAAUCAAGAGAUUUUCACUGUUGAUAACAAGUUAUCCAAAACAGUUAGUGAAGCUGAAAGACACAGUGUAUUUGUUGGUUUCCCACAAUUUCUUAAUGAUUUGAUGAUUAGUAAAUGUAAGAUUUUAGUCAAGAUUAAUGGUAAUGGUAUCAAGAGGAUAUUGUUAAAUAUUUCCACAUUGCAACAAAUGUUAAGAAACUUGUCACCUAAUCCAGAAACUAUAGAUUUCACAAAAGCGUCAUUAUAUUUUGAGAUGUUUACUAUGAAUGAGUUCACUUUACUCAAUAAUUUGAAAACUAAUGCUCAAGGUUAUACUAAACAAGAAUGUCUUACUUUAGCCAGAUUGAUAUAUAGUGAAAAAUUAGCUGAUGGUAAAGGAUCACAAUUCAACAAGGGUAAAUACAGUGAAUUAACGAAAAAGAUUGAUGAAAUUGUAUCAUAA